AUGGCACGGCAAAUCAAUGUGUUCGUCUUCACGUUGUUCCUGAUUUCGACCACGUUGACUGCACCAUUUCUUUACAACGAAGUAUCUCCCGUGCUACCAGUUCUUCCCGCGAUACUUUCGUUUUUGGUGAUGGUCAGCCUGCUGAAGACAUCGUUCAGCGAUCCAGGAAUUUUACCACGUGCUCCAAACAUGGAGGUAGCAGAGCGUGCACGGCAACAUUUCAAUGAGAUUAUCUCCGAUCCUGAUUACAAUCCGGAUACGAGCGCUCUUCCAGAUCCUCCUAGGACGAAACAGAUCAAAGGGACGUUCAGCAAUAAACGUCGAGCACAACAAGUCAUCAAUCCGUACUCAUUGAAUUCAGUCGCUCAUAAUUGCUGUUGGAGGCUUUGCGGACCGGAACCACCCAGUCACAAAGUGCAGAAGAUUAUAAAUAAGUAA